CGUCUCAUACAAGGAAUCAUGAGAUCAUUCACAAGCUGUCAAGCCACAGAGAUGGACCGGUUGUUGUGGCUUUCUCUGCUGCUCACUCACCUGCCUGCCGUAGAGAGCAUGAACAGAGCAGAGAACUGCGUCUCACAGCCAGACAAGACCAUAUGGGAGAAAACAGGAGAAGCUGCUCUUCUUCCCUGCACCAUCAGCGUUGACUGCUCAGCUGAAGAUUUGCGUUACGAAUGGUUUGUUUUCAAAGAAAGUGUGCAUUAUCGUCUCAACCUGACUGACAACAAGUACAACCUGAGUGGAGCAUCUUUACAGAUCAACUCCCUUCAGGGCAACGACAGCGGCAUCUACCACUGUGCUGCUGCAGCAACAGGUAGAGCAGAAGCCUGCUGCACACAGCAUGUGGGGACGGGCACAGCUCUGGUAGUGAGAGAGCAAGCUGACAUAAUGAUGGGACACAUCCUUCUGUCGCUACUCGUCCUGCUGGUCGUCUACAGCCUGGUGAUCCUGACCUUUAUUCUGAAAAAGUGUGGCUGCAAAACAACUGUCCACAGAAGGAUGUGCACAACUGAUAAGAAUAACUCGAGUAAAAAACUGCAGUUUCGUGACGUCCUGCAAGAAAUGUACAGCAGACGGAACUUGGAGAAAAGCAAACACACAGCAAGAGGAAACUCCACUCGAGUUGAGGCUGCAAACGGUGAGCUGGACGGCUCCACUGAUGACAUCUAUCAAAACGUCUAAGGGACAUUCUGGGACCUCAGACGUCACUCUGACAGAAAGGAAAUUUCAAGGCCAUGAAUCAAGGACGAAGUUCCAUGACGGAAGGGAAUCCACGAAGGGUGCAAGUCAGUCGUGCUCGUCAUCGUUUCUCUCGGCGGUGCUGAGUCAGGGUUAGCCAUCAUUCUCUGAAUUUUCAGCCUCAGUGGCGUAACGUCUCUCUUUAGCUCCGUCCACGUCGUCUCACUGACAGCUUACAGAUGUUCUUUUGGUUCUCAACCACACGUCUUCUUGAAGUUGUAUUUCAGGAGUCUUAGCAACCCAAAACACACAUAAUUAUCUGUGUGAUGUAAGAAUGAAAUGUGAACGUUACUUUUAGAAAUGCAGAGCAAAAGACACCAUUUGUAGAUCACACUGUUUUCUAAGCUGAGAUUAAAGCUGUGAGGAAACGAUCCAAGGCGGUUAUCACCAGUUUGCACGAGAGGAUUCAUGGCACUGUUGUCAUAUAUGUCAUCAUAACAUUUUAAAGCAAUAAUCACAGAGAACGUAGAUAGAACAUUUUUAAUCAAAAACAUUCACACUGAUUUUGUUUGUUUGAAAAGCUGUGAAGACAAGAAAAGGCACAUUAUGUUCAUCUAAUACAUCUUAAAAUGUGAAAGUAAAAAAGGGAAGGAUGUUGUUUUGGUGUUGGACUGUCAGCUUAUCGGAAACUCACAUUAAGGAUCAAUGUUCUUGUUGGUGAUGCUUCGUUUUGUUCUGUUCAGUUAUUGCGACAUACUUUGGUCCACUUCAAAUGUCCACAAUUAGAAUUCAGCUCCAGCCAGCGUAUGGAGCAUGAGAUGGAUGUACAUGCACUCUUUUAAAUAAAUGAAAAGCUGUGACA